AUGGGAGAAGGGCGUAAGGAAAGUGGAGGUACAAUCGGACUCGAAGGCCGCACUGGCGCUGAUUCAAAGUGCGCCGGAGGAGAGCCCGCACUACAACCUGCUAGUCGCCCAGAUUCGUCGGCUCAUCGGGAGGGAGUGGCAGAUCAACCUCAAGCAUGUGUUCCGAGAGGCUAA